AAAUAUAUUGAUUUUGAUGCGUUUGUGAUUGUGUUUUCCGGUUGUCUUAAGGUAGCGGCGUGGCCUCCCCAGUUCUAUUUUCCUCAUCCCUCGUCUCCUCCUCACCGCAUCCUCACCCCCAGGCCAGCCCUAGCCUCUAACGUAUAUAUCCCCCCCACCUCUACACCAGCGAAAACACAAUGUUCGCCACACUCCUUUCCGUCACCAUCUUUUUCGCACUCGCGAUUCAAGGCGUCUUUGCCGAUUUCGAAAUCGACACCCCAACCUUCACCCAAUGCCAAUCCGCUAACAUCACAUGGAGCGCCUCUCAACCUCCUUACAACUUGAUCAUCGUUUCCGCAGAUGAUAUGUGUGGUAACCCACUUCAAGAUCUCGGCGACACCAGCGCCACGGAAUUAGCCUACACCGUUAACAUCACCGCCGGAACUCAGGUCGUGCUUUCUCUCGCAGACAACAACGGUGACGAAGCCUGGAGCGGAACGAUUACUGUUCAAGGCAGCAGUGACUCUUCCUGCCUCGCCUCCAGCUCGUCCUCCGCAUCCGUCGCACCCACCAGCGUUGCAUCCGUUCCCACUGCCCUCCCAAGUGGUACUGACAGCGGCUCUGGCGCUCCCACUACCAGCCCCUUCGCCCCUGCAGGUGCCGCCAACGCAGGUAUCAACCCAUUGUCCUCUGGCGCCGCUUUAACCGCCAACCACCUCGGCGCAAGCGCGAUCUUCGGCAGUGCUCUUGCCGCCCUGUUCGCCUUCUCUCUAUAAGAAACCCUUGAACGCUUCACGUCUGGGUAAUAUACCCCGCUGGCCGUCUACCCAUCUUCUCUUUUCCUUUUUUUAUUUUUAUCCUGGAGAUGCCGCCUUCUUUCCUAGCCCGGGCGCUGGUUUUUAUUCUUAUCCCUUUCACGUUUCUUGUAGUGUGUUUUUUUGGAAAUGAUCUACUUUGUCGUGGUUAUAACUUUUAAGGCUUGUCUUACUUGGGGGUUUUGAGAGAGGUGGGGUUAGGCUGUUUGAUCUCUCGAGUUGGAGGUGUGCUUUUCAAUUUGAUGUUGGCGGCGGCGGCGAUUCGAGCUGGGCAAAUCAGCAGCUUACCUGCGAAAUCAAAACAAUUGUAGUGUGAUAGCACGCAAGGAAUUUAUUCUUUAAAUAUUUUCGUUGGAA